GCGCCCCCGCUGUGCCGCCCGGGCCGGGGGUGGCGGCCGGGGCAGGAGCGGGGUCCGGGCACCUCCUUCUCUCGUGCCCGCCGGCCUGGAGACCCCCAGCGCCCUGCCCCGUGCGGGGGGCGGCACCCGAGCGCCCCCGGCCCGAGCUGGGGGACGGGGUGCGGGGGGGGGCGAGGGGGCCGCGGUGCUGCUGGCUUUCUGGGUCUCGGGUCCGGCUCUGGGGGUGUCGGGCUCCCCAAUGUCGGCCCCGGUGGGGCUCAGGUCAGGGGGUCUCGGUCCCUGAUGCUGCCUGCUCCGCUUGGGUCUCGGGGUCCCCCCACGUGCAGUUCUGGGGGUCUCGGGGUCCCCCAAGCUGCCACCUGCCUUUGGGUUUCGGGGUCCCCCCAAGGCCCUGCACCGCCCCCCCGAGCCAGCAGAGGCGGCAGAAGGCCGCGCGGUCUCCGGGCUGUGCGGGGGAGACGCUUUGGGGGGAGACCAGUGCGGUGCCCAGAAGCGCUGGUAGCAACACCUCCGCGAGCACCGCGCGCCCCCGCCCCCGCCCCCGCCCCAUGGAGAGGUGGCGCGUGUGCCACAGGGUCACCCUCUGCUUCACCUCGGCCUCCUUCUCCCCGGCUCUUCUCCCGCUCAGCUCUGCCUCCACCUCCAGCCCAAGGAUCCUGACCCCCUCGCAGGGGACCGAGCCCCCGGGGACUCCAGGCCCCCGAGCUCGCCCGCGGCCAGGCAGGCAGCCCUGGAGCCUGGAUGCUGUCGGGAGGCACCAUGAGUGAGUGCAGGGAGAGCAAGAGCCCAGGCCCCCGGCUGGAGUGAGGCCUUUCCUGGGGAGACGGUGGAUGCUGUGCUGGAGCCCGUGGCAGCCGUGGGCCUUCCCUGCACAGCCUGAAGUGAAGCUGAAGGAGCAGGACCCAGGAGAUCUCCAGGCAGGAGCUGAGGGGUAGAGCAAAUCCCUUUUGUGGACCAGGGGUGAGGAGGGUUUCCCCAAGGUGGUGAGCACCUUGGCCAGUAAAGCUGCAGUUGCAGGAGGAGCCGGUCCAACGCCAGGAGAUCCAGGGGCAGGAGGUGAUGCAGGCCAUGCGGCCCCCGCCUGAGACCAAGAUUCCCUUAGAGACCCCACAGCUGGGGUACGACCUCCCCACCCCAGAGACCUGGCGCCAGCGUUUCCGGGGCUUCUGCUACAUGGAAACCAUGGGGCCGCAGGAGGUUUGCAGCCGCCUGUGGGAGUUCGCCCUGCGCUGGCUGGACCCGCAGCGCCGCAGCAAGGAGCAGAUGCUGGAGCUGGUGGUGCUGGAGCAGUUGCUGGCCAUCCUGCCCCGGGAGAUGCAGAGCUGGCAGUGGGGGCAUGGUGUGGAGACCUGCGCUGAGGCCGUGACCCUGGCUGAGGGGUUUAAGCUGGGGCAGGAGGAGGAGGAGAAGCUGCAGGUCAUAGUGAGUGUAAAAGUCGAGGAGGUGUCCUCAGACAAUAUGCAUCCCACUACGGCAUCACAGGAACCUGGUGAUUCCUGGCCAGUGCAGCCAAAGGCCGAAUGUGUGGACAGGCCUUUGGGGGACUCAGGAGAGAGGGAAAGCCCGGGGCCCCUGGACAAGCCACUUUAG